CGCCUUGGCAGCACCAACCGCGCGUUUCCGCCGUUGGGAGCAGACCCAGAUAGCAACACGUCAUCCUCGGCAAUCGUAACGCAACCGCGUUCGAGCCGGUCUAAAUCGGUGUAUUACAUUUUGUAAGAUUUGCCAACUUUAAAACUGUCAUUUUAAUAGAUUGCCGCCCUCACCACGACCGCAAUGGAUGAGGACGACGAUAGCUUGCGCAAGCUUGGAGAGAAGCAGCCCAAUCUACCACAGCGACAGAGCGUUGAGGACUCAGCGAAAGCGGCUGGUAUCAUUGACGCGUGCGAAUCGAAUGAUGUUGCCGCGCUGCAAAAGCUAGCACAAACACCAGGUGGUUUCCUAAGCGAUGGCCUGCGACGCAAGACAUGGCCAUUACUACUUGGGUUGCAACCGGUAUCUCAAUCAGAAAAGACUACAAGCUGGGAAAAGCUCCCUCGUCAUCGUGACGAGGAGCAAGUGCAAUUGGACGUAAAUCGUGCCUUCAUAUUCUAUCCGCAUGAUCUUACAGAAGAAGACAUGACCCAGCGAAAGCACGAAUUAUACGACCUUAUCGUUGAAGUGCUGAGGAGAUAUCCGUUCUUAUGCUAUUUCCAAGGCUUCCAUGACAUUUGCCAGGUGUUCCUCCUGGUACUAGGUCGGCAGCUAAGCGCUCAGUCUGUUGCCCGCCUUUCAGUGUUACGCAUCCGAGAUUUCAUGCUUCCGACCCUUGGCCCUACAACCGCACAGCUUCGGCUUUUGCCCGAUGUCCUUGGCAAGGCUGACCCCGAACUCCGCCGACACGUUGCAAGCAUUGAGCCCUUUUACGCCCUAGCGGGGACUCUGACUAUGUAUGCACAUAACAUCGAAGCCUACCAUGAUAUUGCACGGCUUUUUGACGUGUUGCUGGCCCGCGAGCCUGUCUUCAGCAUAUACAUGUUCGCACAAAUAGUCAUGGAUCGACGAGAAGAGAUAUUCGAAAUUGACGAGCCAGACCUGUUGCAAGUUGUACUCGCACGAGUCCCACCUAAAAUGAAUAUGGAUGAGUUGGUCCAACGUUCAGAUAACCUUUAUAAGAAAUAUAGUCCAGAAACACUCCGCUCUUGGCGACGGAUAUCUCCAUCGAGUGCCCUCAAAACGGCCCGACAAAUCGACAGAUGCGAUGAACAAUCACUAGAGCAGGGAGAGUUAUAUUUCAAGACGCAAUCAAAAGAGCUUCAGUGGUUAGAACUGAGAGAAAAGGCAAAGAUGGCUCUUUGGAUUUAUAGACGCCCCAUUCGGAUUGCUAGUAUGGCAAUAGCUGUCGGUAUCUUAGCGGUUUACCUACGACGCAAUCCUGGAAUUGUAAAUAGUUUUGUAGCAGUAUUUUCUAGAUAGAAAAGAUGUAAUGAUAUGCAAAAAGAAUUCUAUUUGAUUUGCAGUUAUGCCUAUAAUGUGACGCAGAAUGACGCCGGCGCCAAAGGAUAGAAGGUCUUUGUCUUUCAAUCAAGAGGUGAGAUGAACCAGGUGUAUUAGUCCUCAUCUUGGUACGCCUGUUUGAGUUCAUCAAAAUGAUCUUGCUGUUCCUCAGCAAGCUUACCCUUGGCAUCAGCUAUGAUUGUGUGAAUAAGAGAAUAAUUAUUAUACAUAAAGCGAGAGCUCUUUCGUCGAUCUGAGCCGUAUGUAUUGCUAACACGCGUAAGAAAGGCCUCAACCUCGGUACGUAGUCUUUGCAAACUAGCCAUAACAGGCUCAUCAUCGCCGCCCUCAGCACUCAGUGAAAGAAUGGCAUGGAGUAAUUGGCCAAACCGUUGCGUGACCAUGUGCGGAGCCGCCGAUAAUUUCGAAGCGUCACUCGAGGACUUGGUCGGCUUGGCGGGGAUGUUGCUGGCCAUCAGUUUCACCGAUUCUGCAUUCUUGUCCAUCACAACUUGAAAUCGUGGCCAGAGGAGCAUAUUCGUGGCGUUGAUAUACCCAUCUGCGGCCGGGACCUUUCGUCGCUGUAGUUCAAAAGCGGAAUGUUGGUUCAGCCUGAUGCAGAGCAGAAUUGCUAUGGCGUCGUAGGUUUCGGAAACAAGCGUCUUUGAUAGGUUUCGCCCCAAAUCAAAAGCCGGGUCAAGAACGUAGUUAAAGUACUUGUUAAUUUUGGAGAAGGAGAGGGCUGGUGAAAAGUAUGAAGCCAUGAAGGUGUACUCAGCCAUGGCAUUAUCGAUGAGGGCGAGGUUAAAAUUGCGAAACGGCGUUUCCAAAUAAUGCGUUGUUUGGUCUUCUUCAGCUAAGUGGGAGGGCACUGCUGGUUGAUUUGUAGCUUUCAAUAUGUCCAUCCGUCGACCCAGGUUGAAGGCAUCAUGUGGUGGAGCGCUUGAUCUAGACACUGACAACACGUUGGCAAUCCUCGAGGAUUCUUCGUAGCCGAUGCUGUCGCUUCUGUCGAUGACAUGAAGCUUCAUCUUGUUUAAUGAUUUCUCAUAUCGUGCAAAUUGGGUUUGAUAAUACCAGCGCAUGGUGUUCAUAUAGGCCUGCGCAAUCUCCUCCGCCAACACCGCAUGAUGUCUAUGCAAAAAAGUAAAAAGAUCCUUGUAUCGUAAAAAGCUCUGCUGCUGGAUAACUUGGGCGUUAACUUGCGGGGACCGUAGAGACUUUAUUUGGGUAACAAUGAAGUCUCUUAUCCGCUC